AUGGCGACACAAGAGACUCCCGGCGGCCCUUCCGUUGGCUACAUCACCAAUGGCUUUCCAGCACCUGGACUUCGGCGAACCGUCAGGCACAUCACCGGCCACAACGACAAUGGAAAGUCUGUUUUCCUGUCCGCCGACUCUGGCGACCAUCACAAGAUCAUGGGGGAUCAACAAGCUAUUGCGAACAUCCUCUACUCCACCAUCGAGACGCCAGUGGACUUGAACGACGAUGUCGACAUCAAGCACGCUAAAGAGAACGAGCCUCCAUUGAAUUACACCAACGGGACCGUGGUCCGCAUGGUUGAUUUUGGACCAGGUGUUGGGACACCACUCCAUCGUGCGAUGUCCAUCGUCUAUGGUGCCGUGAUGGAAGGCGAAUUUGAGCUUACGUUGGAUUCGGGAGAGACCCGCGUCCUGCGUCAGGGAGACGUCAGUAUCAAUCGCGCUGGGGCACACGCUUGGCGCAAUCUCACUGGAAAUGGCAAUUUGCCUGGCCGUAUGCUGUAUGUCUUGGUGGGUUCGAAGGACGUGGUCGUCAACGGUGAGAAACUGGGAGCUUAUCUUGGCUGGCUUGAGAAAUACCACACAGGCGAAUAG